AUGGCCGACCUCAACUUGUCGUCCGACGAGAUCCAAAAGCUGUGCUCUGAUCUUGUCUACCAGGUUGCCUACUCGUUCUACGAUGGCCCCUACAUCGUUCUCUUCAAGAUGAUGGUGCAUUUCAAUGUAAUGGCGGAAGUCGAUCUCGCUCAGAGAGUGGGUCUGUCAACCAACGAGGUCAGGAAAUAUAUGGGCAUUCUACUCAUGCACCGUCUUGUCAAAAGACAUGUCAACAAGGAGAAGCUGCCAGUGCCCGAAUGGAAGCGGUCAUAUGGAAACAACAAUAGAAACAACGGUCCACCAGAGCUGCGUACCCGCGAUGUGCACUACUGGUUUCUCGACUAUCGCGAGUUUGCCAACGUCACAAAGUAUCGCCUUGCUAUGAUGCGUAAAAAUAUCGAUCAGCGAAUCAAAUCCGAAGUCGGGCACCGAGGGUACCAAUGUCCCAUGGACGGCCGGACAUAUGAUCCUCUCGAUUUGAGCCACCUCUUCGACCCGGUGACAAACAGCUUCAAAUGUGAGGAUUGCCGGAGCGAGUUGGUGGAGCACGACCCCACGGUGGAUGUGGAGAACAACUCGAGUCUUCAGGAUAUGAUGCAGCGGUUUAACAUCGCCACUGCCCCCAUCCGAGACGCGCUCAAAGCGGUGGAAGGGUUGACGCUGCCGAGUAUCAACAUUGUUGCUUGGAUCGCCCAGAAUGUCAAGACAGGAGUUGUCAGUGUGGAUGGGAAGGAAGUGGGAGAAGAAGGAAAGAAGUUUGAGGUGGUUAUGGGGGCGGAAGACGAUGAAGAUAAGGAGAAGCUUGCGCAGGCUCAGCGGGAGCAGAAUGCUUUACCGGCGUGGUAUACGCACUCGACCGUUACCGGAGACGCUACUACGCUCGGUAUCAACGAUCGAAACCAGAAGGCUGCUGUUGCGGAGAGGGCGCGGCUUGCAGCUGGAGGAACGGAGCAAACAACAAGCGAUGAGUCGCUGGCUGCCCAUUAUGAGAUGUUGGCCGAAGGGGAGGAGGAGGAAGAGGACGAUGAAGAAUUCGAAGAGACUGCUGUUGUUACUGGGGAAACUUCGAUCACUCCUCCCGAGCCAGAUGAGGCUACCAAUGGAGCAUCAGCAGAGGGCGAGGGGAAGAUGGUCACUGUUGCCGGCCAGCCCAAGAGGGUAGAGGACGUCACAGACGAGGAUCAAGAUUUGAUGACAACAGAAGAGUACGAGGCUUAUGCGGUAGCAAUGUCCUGA